AUGAUGUUAAUGGACAAUUCAAACGACAGUAAGAAAUGUCUUGAUGACCGGACAUAUUGCCGAUGUGUCGUCUUUGGUUGGGGCAUCGAUUGCAUGUCACGAACCAACAGUUAUUCAACGGUGGUUGAGCUUCUAAAGGGAAUAAGAAGAGUUCAAAAUCUUUCAAUUCAAUAUUGCCCAAUCAUGCCAACUCUUCCAAUCUUUCCGAAUAUGAAGCAUUUGGAGUUGAAGGGUUAUUGGCCAUCCAGACUAAUCCUUCGAUUUCUUGAAUGUUGUCCUGAGUUGAAAACUUUAUGUAUCGAUGGAAUAGCUGGAUGGUUUUGCAAGGAAAUGGUUCCUGCUUGUAUGCUAACAAACCUUACAACCAUCAAGUUUUCAAAAUGCGAAGGGUACAAGGGGGAUAUGGUGUUUUUGGAAUACGUGUUGGGAAAUGCAAAGGCUUUAAAAACGCUUACAGUCACAUGGAAAAACAUAUUAUGCAUAGGAGAAGAACUGUGGUCUCAACUGGUGUUGAUUAUUCCAAGGGCUUCCUCGCAUAGUGAAAUCUAUUUUCGAUCUUGA